GCAUGCUGAACCAGGCUCGAGUACUCAUAUCUAUCACAGACAUGCAUAGGCAUAUAUACCGGUAUUCUUGCUGUUACCCUGUGGACCACCUGUGUGUAGAGCAUAUUUCUCGUUCCUCAGGGCUAAAGCAAGUCCCACUCCCUCAGGCACCAAUAAAUCUCGACCCACUGGCAAAGUCAUGAUUAUUGUCAUUCUUCUCCUUUACAUCCUGACUUCUAUCGGGUUUUCCUUUGAUUGGCCAUUUGUGCACUCCGCAUUCAUUGCUAAUGGACAAAACUUUUGGACCAUAUAUCUGAGGCUCAGCGAUCCCAAGGCGAAAGCAGUUUUGAGCAUAGGUACCACAGGAAUCCUUUGUACCGUUCUUGCAGAUUCUGUCAUAAUCUGGCGUUGUUGGAUAAUCUGGGGACGGCGCUGGCUCAUUGCUCUCUUUCCCGCUCUUUGUUUAGUUUCUAGUAUUGUGUUCAAAAUCAUGGACAUGCGCCUGAUAUUCACUGAUGGAAACGACCUUGAAUUGCUCUAUCGAGUACUUUACGCAUCGUUCACUCUCGUAACAACAUUAUCGUGUACACUAGGCAUUGUCUACCGUAUUCUGUCCGUCGUCCAAGCAAGCCCUGGAGAAGGGGGCCGAUAUAGAGCUUACCGCCGUGUUAUCGAAGUCUUGGUUGAAUCUUCAACCCUUUAUUCCAUCAUCUUGAUCCUAUACGUGGCCUUCUUUGCUCACGACGAUUGGGCGGCCAAUUAUCUUGAUCCUGCAGCUGCAAUUGCGAGGGGAGUCGCACCUACGCUUCUCGUUGGGCGCGUCGCGGCAGGACAUGCUCGCCCAGAUGACUCCUGGGAGGGAAGUGUGAUGUCUUCUCUUCGCUUUGGGGAAGAUCCGAUCGAGACGAGUUCCUAUGGAGAUACCGUUGCUAGUGUCAUCAUCGAUGAUGACCUCGAAUCUCAGCCCUCGAGCGAGGGCGAGGGCGCGCACACUCGGUCGUGCUUCCAGGGAGGUAAUGGGCCGGAUGUCAUACCCAAUGACAAUCCGGAUAUUCGGCCAGGGAGAGAAAUGGAUGGUCUCGAUGUGACCCUUGUUGAACUGAUUGAAUGAUGGUCUUGGAGAACGUCAGCUUUUGCCAGUUAUAUCCUUAUUUACUUUUGGCUUCAGAAGCUCGUAGGUUCGAAAUUAAAUGUGAUUGUUUCAAAGUAUGAAUACAAUUGUAA